GCCGGCGGCCGGCGGGGAUUUCCAGCGCGCGAGAGGAAGUGCUGUGAGAGGGUGCGUGAGGGCGCGAGGGAGCGCGGCGCGGCGCGGCCGCCGCGUGCGCGAGCCGGGGUUGCAGCCCAGCAGGGACUUUCCAGCCGGCGGCGGCGGCGGCGGCCGCCGGCCCUUCCCCGCCCCCCGACAUGGGGCUGCCCGGGGAGCAGGACGCUGCGGACCGCGGCGGAGGACGCGCCCGGCGCCCCUGAGCCGGCCGAGCGGGGCGGACCGCGGUGGGUGAGCCAUCAGCAGCACCUUUCCAGGUGCCUCGGAAUUGCAGGACACCCUGCCCCGCCCCACCAGAACUGCUGGUUCCCAGUCUGUGCCCUGGUGGAGUUUUCAGGAUUUCCUGAUGGCCAUGCUCACAGGUGAGAGACCCCAGCAGGAUCCUUGAAGAAGGGCAGGAUCGGCGCUGCUUUGCUUCUUUCUUGACCGAAGUCUCUUCCUGCCAGACCGUGCUUUGCUGUAUCUUCCUCGCAGCGUAUGACACACAGAAUCUCUCUUUCCUAAAAUGGAGCCGAGUAAGAAGCUGGACCCCCCUGGCACCCUGCCGCCCAACCCCCCGCUGAAGCUGCACCCCGACCGUGGCGCCGCCAGCACGUCCGUCUUCGUCCCUGAGCAAGGAGGCUACAAAGAAAGGUUUGUGAAGACCGUGGAGGACAAGUACAAGUGUGAGAAGUGCCGCCUGGUGCUGUGUAACCCGAAGCAGACCGAGUGCGGACACCGGUUCUGCGAGACCUGCAUGGCUGCCUUGCUGAGCUCCUCAAGCCCAAAAUGUACUGCGUGUCAAGAAGGCAUCAUUAAAGAUAAGGUGUUUAAGGAUAAUUGCUGCAAGAGAGAGAUUCUCGCUCUUCAGAUCUACUGCAGGAAUGAAGGGGAAGGCUGCACAGAGCAGUUGACGCUGGGACACCUGCUGGUGCAUUUAAAGAACGAUUGCCAGUUUGAAGAGCUUUCGUGCGUCCGCGCUGACUGCAAAGAAAAGGUGUUGAGAAGAGACCUGCGCGACCACGUGGAAAAGGCCUGCAAGUACCGGGAGGCCACGUGCGGCCACUGCAAGAGUCAGGUUCCGCUGAUCACCCUCCAGAAACAUGAAGACACGGAGUGUCCCUGUGUGGUGGUGUCCUGCCCCCAUAAGUGCAGUGUCCAGACCCUGCUGAGGAGUGAGUUGAGUGCACACUUGUCAGAGUGUGUCAAUGCCCCCAGCACCUGUAGUUUUAAGCGCUAUGGCUGCGUUUUUCAGGGGACAAACCAGCAGAUUAAGGCCCACGAGGCCAGCUCCGCGGUGCAGCACGUCAACUUACUGAAAGAGUGGAGUAACUCUCUAGAGAAAAAGGUUUCCUUGCUACAGAAUGAAAGUGUAGAGAAAAACAAGAGCAUACAAAGUUUGCACAAUCAGAUAUGUAGCUUUGAAAUUGAAAUUGAGAGACAAAAGGAAAUGCUCCGAAAUAAUGAAUCCAAAAUACUUCAUUUACAGCGAGUGAUAGACAGCCAGGCGGAGAAACUGAAGGAGCUGGACAAGGAGAUCCGCCCCUUCCGGCAGAGCUGGGAGGAAGCGGACAGCGUGAAGAGCAGCGUGGAGUCCCUGCAGAACCGGGUGACGGAGCUGGAGAGCGUGGACAAGAGCGCGGGCCAGGCGGCUCGGAACACAGGCUUGCUGGAAUCCCAGCUGAGCCGGCACGACCAGAUGCUGAGCGUCCACGACAUCCGCCUGGCCGACAUGGACCUGCGCUUCCAGGUCCUGGAGACCGCCAGCUACAACGGUGUGCUGAUUUGGAAGAUCCGAGAUUAUAAGCGGCGGAAGCAGGAAGCCGUCAUGGGGAAGACCCUGUCUCUUUACAGCCAGCCCUUCUACACGGGCUAUUUUGGCUACAAGAUGUGUGCCAGGGUCUACUUGAACGGGGACGGCAUGGGGAAGGGGACGCAUUUGUCGCUGUUCUUUGUCAUCAUGCGCGGAGAGUACGAUGCCCUGCUCCCUUGGCCGUUCAAACAGAAAGUGACGCUCAUGCUGAUGGAUCAGGGGUCCUCUCGGCGUCACCUAGGGGAUGCCUUCAAGCCGGACCCCAACAGCAGCAGCUUCAAGAAGCCCACUGGGGAGAUGAAUAUUGCCUCUGGCUGCCCAGUGUUUGUGGCCCAAACUGUGCUAGAAAACGGGACGUAUAUUAAAGAUGAUACCAUUUUUAUUAAAGUCAUAGUGGAUACUUCGGAUCUGCCCGACCCCUGACAGGUCACUGGGGGGGUGGAUUGAGCAGAAGGCAACUCCUCGGGGGUUUGAACCGGCUGUCUCCACCGAGGUCCUCGCGCUCAGAAAAGGACCUUGUGGAACGGAGGAAGCAGCAGAAGGUGGCCGCGGGCCGGCGGGAGGAGCCACGCGUGAGGACACACCCAACAUGUUUUCUAAUAGACUAGCAACACUCCGCUCUGAAGAAUUAUUUAUCCUUCAACGUGAUAAAUACUGCUGUCAGAGAAGGUUUUCAUUUUCAUUUUUAAAGAUCUAGUUAAUUAAGGUGGAAAACAUAUAUGCUGAACAAAAGAACCAUGAUUUUUCUUCCUUAAACUUGAACACCAAAAACCACACAGACAUGCGCACACACACGCACACACACGCACACCUGGGGACAGCUGGACAUGUCAGCAUGUUAAGUAAAAGAGGAAUUUAUGAAAUAAUAAUGCAAUUCUGAUAUAUUCUAAAAUUCAAGAGUGCAAUCUUGUUUCAAAUAUAGUAUAUUGUCUAUUUUUAAGGCCUCACCUGGUCUCUGUUUUAAUAAUUUGUUUGUCAGAAGACCCUGAAGUACACCUAGGUCUUUUCUGAAAGUCUCAAUUCAGAAUCAUUUUUUAAUUUAAAGUUCUAAGAUAAUUGUUAUUGCAAACAUUUUAUUUGAAAACGUUGAUAGACUGAUAUUUCUUGGAAGAAAAUGUAAACUAUCCAACACUGGUUAUCACUUGUGAUAGGACAGAAACUACUCACUCUGCCGUUAUUUCUCGUUAGAAAUGUGAGCCUCACUACCUGUCGUAGUCCAUGACACUACUUCACAGUCGCUAUGAAGGGGACCUGCUCAUCGAUGCUGUGCAUCAUUCUCAGACUUAUAAUCGUUUUCACCCUAAAAUAGGGCGUUCGUUGAACUUUGGAGUUCUAAACAAAAUCCUGUAGGCUUCUAAGAUUCUGCCCCGUGUUCAGACACGCGCUCCCUUGCUGACCGCUCUGACCGUCGGCGUCCGGCACCCAGGCUGGGCAGGUGGCGGGGCCGGAGGAGGUCGCAGCGGGUGUGUUUCUGCGUUCUGUCACGUCGCUGCGUGGUGUUGCCGAUCUCCGAAGGCGGCGUCUUUGCGUGGAGGUGGUGGCAUACAGUCCAUGUGCCUUAGACGGGCCCUGCUGCUUCUCGCCCCGGCUCUGUGUUCGCUGUAACUCUGAAAGGUGUUCGCUUCCCCGACUCUCCUCCCGACCGCGAGGUCUCUGCCUCUUCGGAGGCCCUCAGACAGCCCCGUCCCUGCGGAGGAAGCCGGGCUCCUCUUCAGCUUCCGGAGCCUCCGCUGCUCCGUUGUCACAGGUUCCAAAUCUCUGGGCCCCGAAAGUGAGCCGCCCAGUCCCACCCCCGGGCCAGGAGGGGAGCAGCCACAGCGCCUCUCCGGGUCCCCACCUGGGUCAGGGGAGUCCGCCCACCCCCCCACCCCCGUGCAGCAGAACCCUCUGAGCAUUCCAGAGACCGCCGCUCUGGGGGGCCCGCCCAGGCUCGGUGACAGGGCCCCGGGACCACUGUUCUCUUGGGAAGGGUGGGCUCGGGACUGUCCGGCCUGCGCCCGCCCAGAGAGCGUUUUCUCCACUCACUGUUUACCUUCUCUCAAUGGUCCAACUGUGAUUAGAAGCCGGAGCCCUGCCUCCCCGCGCCCCUCUGCUAUGCACCGCGCUCCAUGGGUGCUCUUACCACUGAUGGGUGCUACACGUGACGGGUGCUUCUUAGGCAAAACCAGUGUGUGUGAACCACCGCAUCUGUGCCGCUCAUCCAAAAGACGCGCCCGCGACUGGCCAGCUGGGCCGCGCGCCUCAGACUGCCUGCCUCUGGGCUCCCCCGUGGUCGUGCGGGGACGGUUGGGCUGGUGCCCGGUGGCCCGCCGUGUCUCUGGUGCUGCCAUCCGCCCUGGGCGUGCCUCCGCCCCAGUGCCUGCUGGAAGUGCCCUCCUAGCGCACCGUCCCCUGCCCUGAAUGACCUCCUCGGCUCCCGGCGUCUGCCACGCCUUCCGCGGUCCCGUGCCCGCUGUCCCAUCUUCUUCAUGUUCUCCACCUGCCCCCCCACCCCCACCAUGGCUUUGGGGGCCGGUCUGUGUUCUCAGUCCUGGCCGUGAGGAGUCGUGUGUCCCGUUCACAGAGGAAGGACGUCCUGCAGGUGCUGCGGGGCCCCUGUUCCCUUGAAGGCAUCCCCAACCUCCUUCAGACCCUGCCCUGAUUCUACCCUGGACACCCAGUGGGGAGAGGGUGCCAGGCGGUCCCUGCCCGGCCUCAGGGGCUUUCCUGAGGCCGGGAGUUACCAGCAGGGACAUACCUGAACCUCCUCCCCUUCCCUAAACAUAUGGACAAUGUUAACAGAUCUGAGAUAAGCAACAUCUCAGUCUAGUAAACAAACAAACAGUACUUUGCCUCUCCUGGUUGGAAUUCUUCUGGGGGUGGGUCACCUGGGGGCACUUCUGGAAGCCUCUGUCCCUUGGUGGGGGCACUUUUCCAGCAGCCCCUCCUAGACAUGCUCCUGGUGGGAGAUGACGGGCCCUUUUGGCCUCCUCCCGGGAGCCCAUAGGACAUGGCAUCGGCCGGCACUUCCCUGGGAUGAGCUUGGGCCACAGCGGAAGCUUCAUGCUAUGGCUUGACAAUAGUUGAUGAUGGGCAGGGGGGGCGGUCUUUUGGUCUUUCGGCCACAGUGUACCUCUUCCCUCUUGUGUGCUUGGGACUUUCUGGAACGCGGCCUCUUGAAGGACCUGAGCGUGGGGUGCUGCCCUGAUGGGUGCCCCUGGCGUGGCUUCCACCCGGACUCCUCCAGGCCCUGGUCCAGUGCUUGUCGCCUGGGGCCGGCCUCGGGCUGUGGCCCCAGGAGGCCGGCCCUCCUGGCUUCACGGGGUCCCGGCCACCCACGAAACAUGUCGCAUGCAGUGCGUAUCCGCACACUUUUCCUAUUUCCCAAAAGUGACAAAACUCCCCGAUAGGACAAAACUGUUCCAAUGCUUUAGAGAAACCCACACCAAGUCUCGCGUGUGAAUCGAGCUCGCCGGCUUCCCUGUCCGCCGCGUACGGGACACAAAGACCGCCCCAGCCAUGCUCGCCCCGUGGGGUGCUCCGGGCCGUGCCCUGGCUCAGCUUCUGCAGAGGCUGGGGGGCACCCGGGGCUCGUCCGUGGUGAGUGGGCAGCUCGGGAGUCCCCGGUGGGGUUGGCGCGAGCGAGGGUCUGUUCCCGAGACGCGGGGAGUCUUGGUGAAACCCGCUGCCCCAGGCCUCUGAGAAGUCGGGGUUUCUGGUGUCCCGGCCCCGCGGGUGGCACAGAGGAGACCGUGAGAAUUCCCGCUGCCAUUCUAAGGCGUGUCCGGCAGGAGGAAGGCGCUGCCCCUCUGGGGAUGACCGGCCGCGCGGGUGGACGGGGAGGCGCCGUGAGGGCCGCGGCCCCAGCCCCGGUUCGCAGCCUGUUGCCGGAGCGGCGUCUGCGAGGCCGCAGGUUGAGUGCGGGAGCUCUUGGCCAAGAUAUGCUUUUCCUUUCCUGCCGCUGUGGUUUUUCCCUGCCUUGUGACCCCACAGGGCCAUGGAGCCCAGGAAAGCCUGUCCCCAUGGCGGCUGCCACCUCCGGGCCCUUUGCAUGCCCGCUGGACUCCAGGGGGCUCUCUGGCCCCGCGAGUGCCCCUGCGGCUCCCCUGUACCACUGUGGCCCGCCGAGGCGAGGCAGGGGCCUCGUGUCCCUCACCACGUGUCCCAGGUGGGGCCUGCCGCUGUCAGCAGCGGGCCGUGUCGUGGCAAACAGGAGGCUGAGGAAAGGGUCCCUGGACAGACCCUUCGGCCCUGCAGGGUCCCGCCGUGGGUCCUUUCCUUGUCAGCCCAAGGGAGGCGGGCAGAGUGGCAGGUCACACCCUGGGGGUGCGUGCACACCUCCUCCUCACCCUACACGACGGAGGGGCGCCCCCACGGUCACCGGCCCCCUGGCGUCUCUGCUGGUCGCGGGCAGGCCGGGCGGGAGGUCACAGUCCUCCCCGUGCCCCUGGCCCAAACCUCAGCCCUCUGAAGCGAGUCCCUCUGCUGCAGGGAGUCGGCAGAGCUGUCAAAUACUGUUCUCUUCCUUCCGGUCCGGAUCUUUCUCAGACUGCGGCGGAGAGCUUGGAGGAGCUCCAGGAGCUCCUCUGCACUUGUGAGCGUUUGAGAGGUGAAUGAGGGGUCUGUCACCCAAAUCUGCUUCUCCGCCCAACACCAUGCUUCCAUCUUCGUUUUGCAGAUCUCGACAGUUUUAUUUUCUGCAAAGUAGAAUGUGUCCCCUGGGGUCUAAGUUAAGAUGAGGUCCGUGUAUGGUUCCCGUGAGGGCAGGUGACCUGUCAUCUUGGCCGUCUGCCGGGGGCGGGGCUGGCUGUCCCUGGGGAGCCAGGGCCCGCGGGGGCAAGGGAGCGUCCCGGGGUGUGUCCCGAGUGGAGACUCUCAGUCUGGUCAGAGGAGGCCCCAGUGGCACUAGCCGUGCUUGUCUUUCACUUCUCCUGCCGCUGCUGUGUCUCGAGUCCCUCCUGAACUCUCGCGUUGAGAAAGAGGUUCAAGUCCAGGAAGGCUGAACCACUCCUGCCGUUAGUGGCAACUGGUUUUUAUAACUCCGUCCCCUAGUAGGCAAGUCCGAUAACCUCCAACAGCAAACUAAAUGAGUUAAUUGGUAAACACAAAAGCCGGCAUUAUUUCCAAGGGUUUCUGCAAUUACCCCUCUAGAAUAACACCUGUGAUCCAGGAAGUGUGUGAGCCCGUGUAGACAACUGUGUCAGGUUUUUAGAACUGCAUUCUUUCUCUGAUGGCACACCUCUUCGUUCGGUUCUGUUGCCCAAAAACAAAGACCAAAGAAGGCCAAUCUCUCAUUUGACUCUGUAUUCUCAAUCUGCCUGUUUUAAAAGUUGCCGUCUGUAGUAGCCGCUCGCUGUGAGGACCCAUCCUGACCCUCCAAGUGAUUGUGACCAGUGAUUCACGUCCUGUGUGUCUCCACUCUUCUAAGAAAAAACAACAAAACGAGAGUAUAAGUUAUUGCUCAGCAAUAAUCAUGUUGUUAACGUGAGUCAACAACAUGUCUGAUUUUCUGAUAGCAUUAUUAUGUUUUAUAUUUUUGUUUACUGUAUAUUGUGUGUGGUUUUAUUUGGUAUUUAUUUGUUUUGAGGUCUUGCAAUGUUUUUGUGUUUCUGAUGCUAAUAACUAAAGUUUGUAAGAGUGUAGAAUGCAAAACUUUGAAAUGCUAAACUGUCUGAUUAGAGGAAAAUAAAUCUGACUAAGGAG